AGGAGGGGACAGAGGUGAUUUAAGAGCUGCCCCUGCCACCCAGACACAUUCAGAGCUCCUGGGCACACAUCUGGAGUCGCCACUGCCAGUCCAACCAGUCCCUGCAGAACACAUCUCAGCUGUCCCAGCAGCUCAGCUGGUAACCACAGCUGCCUUCACCAUGGACAGCACAAGCACAGCCAUCUUGCUGCUGCUCCUGGCUCUUGUCUGUCUGUUCCUGACCAUCGGCUCAAGGGGCAAGGGCCGGCUGCCCCCAGGCCCCAGACCCCUCCCACUCCUGGGAAACUUGCUACAGCUUCGCUCCCAAGACAUGCUGACCUCCCUCACCAAGCUGAGCAAGGAGUUCGGCUCAGUGUACACAGUGUACCUGGGGCCCAGGCGGGUGGUGGUCCUCAGCGGGUACCAAGCCGUGAAGGAGGCUCUUGUGGACCAGGGGGAGGUGUUUAGUGGCCGCGGCAACUACCCUGUCUUUUUCAACUUCACUAAGGGCAAUGGCAUUGCCUUCUCCAAUGGGGACAAGUGGAAGGUCCUGAGGAGGUUCUCUAUCCAGAUCCUGCGGAACUUCGGGAUGGGGAAGAGGAGCAUUGAGGAGCGGAUCCUGGAAGAAGGCAACUUCCUGCUGGAGGAGCUUCGGAAAACUGAAGGCGAGCCCUUCGACCCCACGUUUGUGCUGAGCCGCUCAGUGUCCAACGUUAUCUGCUCUGUGAUCUUCGGCAGCCGCUUCGACUACGACGACGAGCGGCUGCUCACCAUUAUCCACCACAUCAAUGACAACUUCCAAAUCAUGAGCAGCCCCUGGGGAGAGUUGUACAAUAUCUUUCCGAGCCUCCUGGACUGGGUGCCCGGGCCGCACCGACGCCUUUUCGAGAACUACGGACGCAUGAAGGACCUCAUCGCCAGCAGCAUCCGUGACCACCAGGCCUCCCUUGACCCAGACUCUCCCAGGGACUUCAUUGACUGCUUCCUUACCAAGAUGGCACAGGAGAGUCAGGACCCGCUGAGCCACUUCCACAUGGAUACUCUGCUGAUGACCACACAUAAUCUGCUCUUUGGCGGCACCGAGACCGUGGGUACCACGCUGCGCCACGCCUUCCUCGCGCUCCUGAAGUAUCCAAAAGUACAAGCCCGCGUACAGGAAGAGAUCGACCGCGUGGUGGGACGCGCGCGGCUUCCGACGCUGGACGACCGAGCGGCCAUGCCUUACACAGAUGCGGUGAUCCACGAGGUGCAGCGCUUCGCAAACGUCAUCCCAUUGAACUUGCCGCACCGCGUCACUCAGGACACGACCUUUCAAGGCUUUCUGAUACCCAAGGACACAGAUAUCAUCACCCUCCUUAAUACAGUCCACUACGACCCCAGCCAAUUUCUGACGCCCCAGGAAUUCAACCCCGAGCAUUUUCUGGAUGCCAAUCAGUCCUUCAAGAAGAGCCCUGCCUUCAUGCCUUUCUCAGCCGGACGCCGGGUGUGCCUGGGCGAGUCGCUGGCGCGCAUGGAGCUCUUCCUCUACCUCACCGCCAUCCUGCAGAGCUUCUCGCUGCAGCCGCUGGUGGCGCGCGAGGACAUCGACCUGACCCCGCUCAGCUCCGGUCUCGGCAAUUUGCCGCGGCCUUUCCAGCUGCGCCUGCGCAAGCGCUGACGCCUCAUUCUUUCCGGAUUCGCCUGUGAGCGAUGAGGCCCGUCUGGAGGGAUUGGUCUGUCCGCCUUCUCGUUCCUCUGCGCCCCAUCCCUCUCGCUGUGGCACUAGCUUCCCUUCACCUUGUGCCUGCCACAUGCCCAUCUCCCAUCGCCCCUGUCUUUACGUUCUGUGCCCCCAGAUGCAGAGAAAGUCAUGGGGAAGGGGAAGCUCAUGCCUUGUUUUAGCCACAAAAUUCAUUCUAUUGUGCACACCCUUUGGGGGGGGCUUUCUGUAUCAAUUCCCUAAUAAAUCUUUAUAGCAGA